CACUGCAGCCCAUUAGUCUAUGUGCCAGUGCUUUAAGAGAUUGUACUGCUGUAGAAAAUGCUGACUUCUGUGAUUCUAAUUAUAUUAAGCAUCUUGGUUGUAUUGUGUGAAGGAUCUAUUCUGACGGUGGUUGGACUAGUUGGGGACAUGGUUAUUUUACCUUGUCACUAUGAUGUCAGUACUUAUGGUAUAUCAAAUGUUUGUUGGGGAAGAGAUCAAUCCUGGUUCAGUUGUAAACAUACGCUAAUUGCGACUGAAGGACUGGUGGUAAACUAUAAAGAAUCACACAGGUACAGUUUUACCAGUAAACUCCAGAGUGGGGAUGUUUCACUCAGCAUUAAGGGCCGAAAAGCAGACACUGGAUUUUACAUAUGUCGUAUUGAGAUCCCGGGACUAUUUAAUGACCUCAGCUACAGAGUUUACCUAAUUAUCACAAAUGGAAUAGAAAUAGUCAGCCUCACAAAAUUACUCCCGACUUCUGCAGAGAAGCAAACACAAGAAGUCACACUCAACUCAGGAUACAGUUCAGCUGUACAGAAGCCACAGUCAAAGGAGACACUGGAAACCUUCAUCCUGAUUGUACUGAGAGCGGGAGCCAUUAUAUUUACCCCAGGUUUAAUCUUGGCACUUAUAUGGAAGCUGCGGCGCUCCAGAAAACGUGAAGACAGCGGUGAAAUGGAAAAUACCCCCAGACGUGACCACAACAGCAGCAGCAGCAGAAGCAGCAUCUCCCCUCCCCACACGUCUGGAGCACAUGUGCUGUAGGUGCUCAUUAGAUAUGAUACGUUACGAUGAAAUAUUACACCAUUACGACAAACAUGAAAUCCUUCAUUUUGACUCUUUCUCUCUGAGUGCCUACAAUCGAUUUAUCUACAACUGGAUUUUGUGUCUUUUACAUGUGACCAGUUCAAAAAUACAUCUAGUCCUAAAUCCAAACUUUAAACCUUUUUCCAGAUAAGCCAUCACUUUGUUUUUGCUAUGACUCUGUGUAGCUCUUCCUCUGUAUGAAAAAUUUACUUUCUCUCUGUCUCAUUUUUUUCCUUGUGUGUUAUUUUGACGUUUCUGGUGGAUUUAUGGAGUGCUACAAGCUUGCAGUAGAUUUCAGCUUUAUCUUAUCAGCACCUUAAUGGUCUUUCACUUCUCUCAGUGUGCUCUUAAAAUUGUACCCUCGAGGUCCAUGUAUUUCAAUUCUCCCAUGCUUUCACUGUAUGUGCUUGUUGGGAGGGAAUGAAAAUUCAAUGAGAAUACUACCAUGGGGGUCUCAAAUCUGUUUCUUAUUUCAUGUACACUACAGUAACAUGAAUGUGAAAGGGGGAAAACGAUCAAAUAUUUGUCAGGAAAACACAAGAUGUACAAUAGCAAUGAACAGCUUUCAACUGUUUGUGUUUUUCAAAGAGCUUUUACAUGGGCCCCUCAGUGGAACCAUGCAAAGAAUACUUAAUCAUUCCAUGAAGAGUAGAACAGACAUUUUGCUCUUUAGAAAAAAACCCAUAUAGAACCUUCACUGAACAUGAAAUCCAGACGUUCUACAAGAAAAAAUUAAGGACCAAGUCAACAGGAUUCUAGUUUUAGAGAGUGUAGACUUGUUUCUUCAGGACAUCACACAUAAACUGACCAUGUAGCUCAUCUGUAUCGCUAAAUGAUAUCUAUAUAUGAUAUAUUUCUAAAUCAAGGUUUUCUGAUUUCCUCCUGCAUUUCAAGAACAUACUGGUAGGGUACUCUGUAUCGUCCAUUUGUGUGAAUGAGUGUGUGUGAUGAUGCGUGUGUGAUGACGCUCCAGUGAUGUGAUGAUCCAUUACAAUCUUAACCAGGAUAAAGCUAAAAUCAAUGAGAUGAAAGAUGGUCUUUUCAUAGGCCAUGACAUUUUUAAAACUAGCCCAAUACUGGCACCUAGUGUUGCGUCACCCAUUACUAUUAUGAGUAAACAGAUUAUAAAUCUUACACUAUGGAAUUACAAAAUAACUUUUUUUUCCAAACUUUUUCUUUUGUAUACUUGAGAAAUUUUUUUUUUUAUUAAAAAUG